AUGGCGAAAUCGAGCGCCGAUGACGACGACGAGCUCCGAAGAGCUUGCGAGGCAAAAAUCGAAGGCACGAAGGAUAAGAUCUUAAUGUCGAUUAGAGUGGCCAAGAGCUACGGGAUCUAUCGAAAAAACUGGCAAAUUGGGUCGCAGUUAUAUGGCCAAGCCCGGGUUCUUCAUUCAUCAAUUCAAGAAAUAGUUACAAUAAUGGUGGUUACAACUACUAUAUCAGACUCCGAUGAGCGCCUCCACUGCACUUUUGCUUCAAGAUAUGCUCGCACAUCUCUCCCCAGGUUCAAGAUUCCAGAGGGGUCGAUGCCGAAGGAAGCGGCGUAUCAGAUAGUGAACGAUGAGUUGAUGCUGGAUGGGAACCCACGCCUCAACUUGGCUUCUUUUGUCACAACAUGGAUGGAGCCCGAGUGCGAUAAGCUUAUCAUGGAUUCCAUUAACAAGAACUAUGUUGACAUGGAUGAGUACCCUGUCACUACUGAACUACAGAAUCGGUGUGUGAACAUGAUAGCCCAUCUUUUCCAUGCCCCUGUUGGCGAUGAUGAAACGGCGAUUGGUGUUGGUACAGUAGGUUCAUCUGAAGCAAUAAUGCUUGCAGGUCUCGCUUUUAAAAGGAAGUGGCAAGCAAAGAGAAAGGCACAGGGCAAACCUUACGAUAAGCCUAACAUUGUCACUGGAGCUAAUGUGCAGGUUUGCUGGGAGAAAUUUGCAAGGUACUUUGAGGUGGAACUGAAAGAGGUAAAACUGAAGGAAGGAUACUAUAUUAUGGAUCCAGCUGAAGCAGUGGAUAUGGUAGAUGAGAACACAAUAUGUGUUGCUGCCAUUCUAGGUUCUACUUUGACAGGGGAAUUUGAGGAUGUGAAGCUCCUCAAUGAACUUUUAACAGAGAAGAACAACAAAACGGGGUGGGACACCCCAAUCCAUGUUGAUGCUGCCAGUGGCGGGUUUAUUGCUCCAUUUCUUUUCCCAGAGCUUGAAUGGGAUUUUCGUUUGCCGUUGGUGAAGAGCAUCAAUGUCAGUGGCCAUAAGUAUGGCCUUGUUUAUGCAGGUGUUGGGUGGGUAAUAUGGCGGAACAAGGAUGACUUGCCAGAGGAGCUUGUCUUUCACAUCAACUACCUAGGAUCUGAUCAACCUACAUUCACACUGAACUUCUCAAAAGGAUCAUGCCAAAUUAUUGCUCAGUAUUAUCAGUUCAUAAGACUUGGCUUGGAGGGUUACAAAAGCAUCAUGGAGAACUGCAUGGAGAAUGCUAGGUUGCUCAGAGAAGAAAUGGCCAAAACAGGGCGGUUCGUGAUUGUUUCAAAAGACAUUGGUGUUCCCUUGGUGGCGUUUGCACUCAAAGACAGCAGCAGAUUCACUGUUUUCCAAAUAUCAGAAUCUCUCAGAAGGUUUGGAUGGAUUGUUCCAGCAUAUACCAUGCCACCAGAUGCUGAACACAUUGCGGUGCUACGUGUUGUGAUUCGAGAGGACUUAAGCCACAGCCUGGCAGAAAGACUCGUAUCUGACAUACAAAAAGUUCUUAAGGAGUUGGACGAAUUGCCACCUCGAGUUUCGACUAAGGCUGCACAUGUUACUGCCGUCAAUGACGAGGAAUCGAAUAAGGAUGCCCAUGUUACUGCUGUCACAGAUGAAACACACAAAGUAAAUGCUGACCGGCAUCACCUGAAAAAGAGCACUGUAGAAACUCAAAAGGAAAUCUUCAACUACUGGAGAAGGAUUUCAGACAAGAAAACCAGUGGAGUCUGUUAG